AUGGGUCACCAGCAGCUCUACUGGAGCCAUCUGAGGAAAUCUGGCCAGGGUUCUCAUGGUUGCCAUGUCUGCUCAAACGGCACAGUCUGGUCCAGAAAAAUGUGCCUCAAUAUGUGCCACCAGUGUUUCUGUCAGUAUGGGAAAGAUACAGGCUUCAUUAAGGUGGAUUAA